UACAGCUGCUCCGAGCGACGAACUAAUGCGAGAAUUUUUUAAAGGGGGGUAAAUAAAAAAGUGGUCAGAUUUGACAAUUUCAGCAUCCUUAACAGGGAAACUUGACAGCCUGUUUUAACAGGCUAAAUGCAGGAUCCUCCACUGGGCAUGCUCAAUCUGAUCUAAGUGAGGAGCAGGGCUCAGUGUGAAUAACAGGCAGUUUGGGCGUUUUGGAGGUUUGUCGCCCUCUCAUCUUUGAUUUUUCUCUAUUUGAUCACGUAGCAGAAUUAGAGACGGGAUUUUCCUUUAAACAGACUGUGGGAAUCUUCUUCUUUGCAAGGCAUAAAUGACGGGGAAAAGUCUCUGAGAAGGGUAGCGUCUAUCUGCUGAGACAAAGACCUGCUGUUUCGUGGCGGCGUGUCGUCAAAGGCAGAGAGGGAGCUGGUUGAGCUAAGUGUGAAGGAGGUGAUUCUGUAGGCAGCAGCAGAGGGACUGAGAAGCGCCGAGUCUCCUUCGAGAGCUGCCGGACAGGCGCUGUCCGCUCAGCACCACCGCAGUCACCUUGCUGUGAAAGUCACAAACCUACUCAGGACUCAUCUGAUCAAUUGCAGCAACCUGGUGAAUCCAAUGAGGUGGAUUUAAUCUGUUGACGGGGGGCGGAAAUUGGCCCGCGUUGUGCUUUUAUCUCGACAUCUUGGAUUUACCAGCGAUGUGACGUCCAUUCUUAAUGUGAUCCUAUUGGCUGCAAGCAUUUUGGAUUUCGAUUCUAUGCCUUUCAGAGAGUUCGACAGCUGCAACUGUUUAAGAUCCUCUAACUGCAUGACAAGUGCUUCUAGAAAAUACAGGGUAUGAAAGGGAUGUAGCCUGGUGCGUGUCAAGCAGCACUAUUUUCUUUCCUAUUCCGUAAGAAAAGACAGGUUGCUCUGUGCGUAAUUGUUAGUCAGUCUGGUCAGCUGUGUGCAUGGUUACAAGGUGCGCUUAGACUUGCCUUUGAGAUGAGGGGAACUUAUUGGAGAAAUGCCUAGGGGACGCAAUGGGCCUGAGCGACGACAAGGAUCGCAUUGUUAUAAACGUGGGAGGGAUCAGACAUCAGACAUACCGCAGCACCCUGCGCACACUACCUGGCACUCGCCUGUCCUGGCUGGCCGAGCCUGAUGCACCCAACCACUUUGACUAUGAUGCCAAGAUCGAGGAAUUUUUCUUCGACCGCCACCCUGGCGUUUUUGCACAUAUCCUUAAUUACUACAGGACAGGGAAACUACACUGCCCUGCUGAUGUCUGCGGGCCGCUCUAUGAGGAGGAACUGGCCUUCUGGGGCAUUGAUGAGACAGACGUGGAGCCAUGCUGUUGGAUGACCUAUCGUCAGCACCGGGAGGCAGAGGAGGCCCUUGAUAGUUUCGGUGGAGGGGGCCUGUUAGACCUGGGGAGCGAAGAUCCUGAGCCCGAGCAGGAGCAUGCUGAGGACGAUGCAGAUGAAAUGACGAGGAGGCUGGCACAGGGGGACUCACCUGAUGUCAGGAGUGGGAACCUGUGGAGUCGGUGGCAGAAACGUGUUUGGGCUCUGUUUGAGGACCCCUACUCUUCUAAAUAUGCAAGGUGGAUAGCACUGGCCUCACUGUUCUUCAUUCUGGUGUCCAUCACCACUUUCUGUCUUGAGACCCAUGAGGCCUUCAACCCGAUCAUGAACCGCACUGAGGAGGAGCAUGUGGACAAUACCACAGUGAUUACCACCUACCAGGAGACUGAGACUGCGCCCUACCUCACCUACAUUGAAGGUGUUUGUGUGGUGUGGUUUACCUUUGAAUUUCUAAUGCGAAUAACUUUCUGUCCAAACAAAUUUGAUUUCAUUCGCAACACGCUCAACAUAAUUGACUUUGUGGCCAUCCUCCCCUUCUACCUAGAGGUGGGUCUCAGUGGGCUCUCCUCCAAAGCAGCUAAGGAUGUGUUGGGUUUCCUGAGAGUGGUCCGCUUUGUGCGGAUCCUGCGUAUCUUCAAGCUGACCCGUCAUUUUGUGGGACUGCGUGUGCUGGGCCACACUUUGAGGGCCAGCACCAAUGAGUUCCUUCUCCUCAUCAUUUUCCUUGCUCUUGGUGUCCUCAUUUUUGCCACGAUGAUCUACUACGCUGAACGGAUUGGCGCUAACCCCAACGACCCAGGAGCCAGCGAUCACACACAAUUCAAGAACAUCCCAAUUGGAUUCUGGUGGGCUGUGGUGACCAUGACGACCCUUGGCUACGGAGAUAUGUACCCUCGGACGACCUUUGGUAUGCUGGUUGGAGCUCUGUGCGCCUUGGCAGGUGUGCUGACCAUUGCCAUGCCUGUCCCUGUGAUUGUCAACAAUUUUGGAAUGUAUUACUCGUUGGCCAUGGCAAAACAGAAACUACCAAAGAAAAAAAACAGGCAUAUCCCUCGGGCUCCCCAGCCAGGUUCUCCUAACUAUUGUAAGUCAAGCAUCAGCUCCCAGCAUCUGAGCCCAAUUGCCCAUGACGAUGUUUUCGAGAUCAAAUUUCAAGACUCAAAGCUGAACGGUGAGGCGGCUAAUGCAGCUCUGGCUAAUGAAGAUUGCCCCCACAUAGACCAGGCAAUAUCUCCAGAGGAAAUCUUCAGCCCCAGUGAGAGAGAGCGGCCCUGCUUCCUGGUCACCACUGCUGAAUGCCCCAACCACACAGGGGGGAGAUUGAGGAGGGGUUAUGAAAAGCCUUGGAGCCUUAACAGCAUGUCUGGCAUGAGCGGGGAUGCCUCUGGAGUGUCCUCAGUGUCCGCCCUGCCCUGCAGCCCACCCUGUCUAAUGCAACACUCACAUUCUCCCAUCCCAUCCAUUAUGUAGCAUGGUUGAGUAGCAGACACAAUGCCAUUGGAAGGCCAGUCCACACUCCUCCUUAUUAUCUUUCCUGUCAAAUUUUCCUUUGACACUUGCCUUCGCUCUUGCUUUGUUUUUCCUUUUCAUUUUGUCUCUUUAUUUUUCUGAAAAAAAUUGUAUCUUAACUGUGCUUAUACUCAAGCUUCCCAAGUGUUCUCCUUGGGUGUGUCAUGAAAUCCUAGAAUAGACAACAUUGGCACAUGCCACUCUGCAUGGGUCAGCUCAGCUGCAGACAAAGCACUGUUCUAUUGCAGGCUACUCCACAUUUUCCCCCCCUGUGUUUACAUCAUUGCCUGUUGCUCUGUUGCUUUUGAUCUCUCAUACUUUUCUGCUAAGAACUUUGAUCUCAUUUGCUUUUAACAAUUUUGUGAAACUUUCAUGAGAUGUAACCCCUGCUAAUAGUAUGCUGGACAUUAAUAACACAUGGCUUUUAAACAUAUCCAAAAGCUGUUAAGGCAACUCUUAAGUGCUUUGUGAGUUGCAAAGUAGAGACGUUCACAUUCUAAAGGUGCAAUCCAGAGAAGACUUAAUGUUAGCUGAGUGGCUAUUACAAAAUUAUUUGAACAUGAUGUUCAUGAUGUCCAAUGCAAUAUGGAGAUGAUGACAAUUCCUAUGAAUACAUCUAUUGUCAACAGAACUAAAAUGUUCAUUUGCAUGAAUUGCAUGAGAAAUUAUGUUCAUAAAGAAGCUUACUGUAAUGCAGUACCUGUAAGAAAAAAAAAACAUAUUUCUUUGAAAAGCUUUUAAAGCUUUGUCAUUUUUAUGCAUUCUGAGACAGCUUUACAAGAGACUCAGUCAUAGCAGAGAUUUCCAUGUAGCUGCCAUUCUUUGCCUUUCCCCAAAUUCAUAUAUUUAUUUUCUUGAAUUUAUUUUAAUGGGGCACCCAACUAAAACAGUGCGAUUUAACUUGAACAAUCUGCCAUAAAGACAACCAAUGCUAUUAUGAGCACAAAUAGUUUUUGUACCACUAUAUUUACUGGUAGUUAUGCAUUUUUAAAAUGUAUUAACGAUCUGCAGCAAAUUCUGUAACUGCUGUGCUGCUAAAUUGGUGCAGGACUUACAAAUCGUAAAACAAUGGUGCCUUCAUACCUGGUGAGGCAAAGUAAAAGUGAGGAAAAAAUUGACAAGAUAUGACACUAGUGCUCAAGGUGUAGCAUCAUUACUCCGUAUACCAUGCUCAUAACAGUGUAACAAAAGCUUUAUUUCAUAAAGGGGCACCUUGUACCUUUUGAAACACUAUCAUACUUUUAAUCACAGCAAAAAAUGCCGUCUUACUUAUAGUUAUUACACCAGUAAACACACACUAGGAUUUAACCUUUAGUGGGAUGCAUAGUACCAAGUAAAAAAGAAAAAAAAGAGCCAAAACUCAUUCAGCCCACAGCUCUUUUUUGUAUAUUAAAAGCACAAAAUAUUACAGAAAGGGACCAGGUAUCAUAGCAUAUGGAGUUAUGAUCAGCCAGAUGUUAUAAAGACUACUGCUGUAUAUUAAUACAAGUGAUAUUUCAAUACAUCAGUACUAUUACACGUAUUGAUACUGUCCCAAUAAUUAUGCACAAGUUUUUCAGGGCACUUUAUCAAAUUUUACAUAGACUAAUUAGAAAUGUUCAUUUCUAUGAGAAGAUAUAGUGAAAUCAUUAUAGCAACUCAUCUAAUUAAUGUUCUUAUUCCAAAUGAGCAGAGUUUUACAUUUUAAGUCAUGUCUCGUGUGGUAAUUAAUAAACGUUAUCUAUCUAUAUAUAUAUAUUAAAAAAACAAACAAAAAAAAAACAAUUGUGACAAUUUUAUGUGAAGAGAUGCAAGUGAAUCAUGUGGUCAUGCAAUUCAAGUGGGGUAAAAGAAGAAAAAAAAAGUUCAAUAUGACCUAGAAUCUGAUGUGGGUCUACUUGGGGAAAGGUAAAUGCAUGUAUUUUACAUUUAUGCAAAAGAAAA